AUGUCUGUGUGUCAGCACUCCCACUGCAACAUGUCCAUCCUCACACACAAACAGGAGCUCCCCGCCGCGGCCACUGAUCACUCCGCCGCGGCCCGGGCCAACUCCACUUCGGCCUCGGAGAAGGAGCUCCGGGCCGCUGUGGCGGAGAAGGAUGUCCCCGCUGCGGCCAGGGAGCCGGGCCACUCCCCGCUGGUCCCGGAGCGGCGGCGAUCGCCCUGGACCGCGGCCUCCGCUGCCCGCCUGAGGCUGAUUAGGGAGGCGGUGAGGAGGCAUUCCGUGAGCCACCACCGCGGGGAGAACCAGAACCAGGGCCAGGACCACCGCUCCGGCAGCGAGGUUGCUGCCGGCGGCGUCGCUGUACCGGCGGAGCGCUCCCCAGCUCUGGGCGCUGACACCGCCGCCCCGGACACCCACGACGUCGCCCCACAGCCGCCCCCGCCCCGUCCCCUCUUUUCCCCCACGACACUCCUGGUUGGGGACAGUAGCAUCAGGAAUAUUCGCUUUUUUAACGCCAUCACGCGGUGUAUUCCUGGUGCUACUGUCCCCACGAUCCUCCACGAUCUCCCGGAGCUCCUGCAGUCCCUCCCCUCCACUGUCCGCCGGGUCAUCGUUCACGUCGGGACUAACGACACGGCCCGGCGGCAGUCGGAGACCUGCCUUUUAGAUCCCAUCCCCACACCACUUUUUAAAUCACUUUAUGGAUUCCUUGAGGAACAGAUUUUAAAUAUCAUGAACAGCUCUCUUCAGACGGGUGUCUUCCCCACUGCCUUUAAAACGGCGGUGGUGAAGCCGCUUCUGAAGAAGAGCAAUUUAGACCCCGAUGUUUUUAAUAACUACAGACCAGUAUCCAACUUACCAUUUUUAAGUAAAGUUUUAGAAAGACUGGUUUUUAACCAAGUCAAUGACUUUUUAAUGAUUAAUAACAUUUUAGAAAGACAUCAGUCUGGUUUUAGAGUGAACCACAGUACCGAGACGGCCCUUUUAAAGAUUUUAAAUGAUAUCAGGUGGAAUUUAGAUAAUAAAAAGCUCACAGUGAUGGUUCUACUUGACCUGAGUGCUGCAUUUGAUACAGUAGACCACCACAUUUUAAUAAAUAGAUUGAGUCACCUGGUGGGCCUCUCUGGUACUGUUCUUAACUGGUUCAGUUCUUAUCUCACAGAUCGAUGUUUUUAUGUAAGUUUGGAUACUUGUUCCUCAGGAACCCAUGAAAUUAGGUGUGGGGUUCCCCAAGGUUCAAUUUUAGGUCCUAUACUUUUUAAUCUCUACAUGCUUCCACUUGGGGACGUCAUCAGGAGACACGGCAUCAGUUUCCAUAGUUACGCUGACGACACUCAGCUGUACAUCGCAGUGUCUCCUGCUAGAGUCCGCCCGUUUCUCUCUCAGGCCAGUACAGAGGUGCUAAUGCAUGCUUUUAUCUCCUGUAGAUUAGACUACUGUAAUGCCUUGCUCUCUGGUCUUCCCAAAAAGAAUAUUUCAAACUUACAGCUAUUACAAAACGCAGCCGCACGCGUGCUGACGAGGACCAGGGGGCGGGCCCACAUUACACCGGCUUUACAGUCGCUGCAUUGGCUCCCUGUCCGCUUCAGGAUCGAUUUUAAAGUUCUCUUAUUAGUUUUUAAAUGUCUUAACGGCCUUGCGCCUUCUUAUUUAGCUGAUCUGUUUUUACCCUAUCGACCCUCGCGGGCCCUGAGGUCCUCUGGCAGUGCCUUAUUGUGUGUUCCUAAAGCCAGAACCAAGACUCAUGGCGAGGCGGCUUUUGGCCAUUAUGGCCCCCGCCUGUGGAACAGCCUGCCAGAGAACCUCAGGACCGCAGAGACCGUUGAUAUUUUUAAAGGGAGGUUGAAAACACACCUU